AUGUUCCAAAAAAUCACAAGUAACCAUAUUGACAUAGGACUCCAAUCCAGAUACCUUGACCAGAAACUGGCAAAAUUUCUGUUCGUACCUCAUCCAAAACACCCAGUGUUGUUUACACCACCUAAGAUCCACAAGGACACCAAGAAUCCAACUGACAGACCAAUUGUGUCUGCCAAGGAGGGAAUUAUUCAACCAAUUGCACAACAUGUCAAUUACUACAUCAAGGAUUGUGUCAGAGAACUACUAACCUAUUUGAGGAACACUCAAGAUUUCUUUCAACAUAUUCGGAAGAUCACCUUAGAUGAUGAUGUGGACACUCUCUUGGUUACGUUGGACGUACAAAUCUUGUACACGGUGAUUUCUCAUACACUGGGCAUUCAUGCGUUUAGGGAAAUGUUCUGUUCAUCAUACACCUACAAGGAUGGGGAUGGCUAUGGCACCUUCAUACGCAAAUGCGUUCAUGUUCUAUUUCAAGCAUGA